GGUUUUACACAGUAACCUAGCUUCGUGGCUCGGGAUGUGUCGUUUACAGGCGUGGAAGGAGGUCACGGGCAACGAAAUACCGAGAAAAAGAGACAUAAAUGUCUAGUUUAAUUAGUCGGGUUGAUGUUAGUGGUUCUGGAGUUUGGAGCGUCGAUGAAAGCCGGGUCUACUUAACCUCUCUGAAAAGGGAAGAUGCUGCUCGUCCCAAAGCAAAGACUGGGUAAAGGCUCGAAACGAAAAUGGCAAUGAAUUACUUUUUAUUCGAAAAGUAAAUUUGUGAGGUGAGUUUAAUAAGAGGGCUUAAAUUAUUAAAUAAUUCCAGCGCAAGCUGUGCAGAGCUGGUUUCGAGCAGAUGUGGGUCACAUUUUUCCCGGAGCCUACAUUGAUCCGCCAUGUAACCGAAUGGUCCGUGCAAUAAUAAUAAAAAUAAUAAUAAUAAUACUAAUAACAACAACCGGAAACCUCUUCUUUAGAUUGCCUCUAACGAACAAUACAAAAACAAUAAGCUUUUUUAAUUCCCGUGGUGCAUAACUGUGGCAUGAUGGAGCUGCUGGCGUGCCCGCACUGCCGGCUGCUCAUGGCCGAGCCGGUCACCGUGUCCUGCGGACACUCGUUCUGCCGCCGCUGCCUGGCCGGCUUCCUCCCGGCCCGGUGCCCGCUCUGCAAGGACAGGCUGAAGCACAAGGACGCCAAGACCAUGAAGAACAACGUGCUGCUCAUCGGCCUCGUGGAAAAGUGCUGCCCCGACGAGACGAGGGCGACGUGCCAAAUCCGGGAGAAGCUGAGAGCCGGGGAGUUCUCGGACGCUUUACGCGCGGCCGACGAGGCGCUGCGCUCCGUCCCGAGCGACCAGAGUUUGAAGCUGUACAGAGCUGAGGCUAACUUGGGCCUGCUGUGUUUCUCUGAUGCCCUGACGGACCUCGACUACCUCUGCUGCCUUCACCCCAGCUGGACAGAGGGCUUCUUUCGAAAAGGGAAUGUGCUGCUGGAAAUGGGCCAGCAGAAAGAAGCGCUCGUCCAAUUCCACCAUUGCCUGAAGCUUCAUGCUGAUUUCGUACCUGCAAAGAGUCAGAUCAAGAAGAUCCUGCAGGUGGAGGGAAUAGCCGUGCCGGAAGAUGCGCCCUGCAUCUCCCAGGUGGUGUCCGAGUACUUGAAGGAGCAGUUUCCCAUCACCAGCCUCAGCGGCUCCCAGGGUCCGCUGCCCGCCGAGGGCAAGCAUCCGCACGGAGAGAGGAGAGACGGCCACCAGAUAAGGCAAGACACAGGGACUGAGUGCUGCCUCAGCCUCUGCCAAGCUGUUUCCUUCCUCCCAGCUGUUGAGGAAGAUGAGGAGAUGAUGAUGAGGAAGGAUGAUGGACAUGGGAGGGGGGAAAGUAAAGUGCACAGAGAGAAGAUGCUGAGUGUUCUCACUGUGUCGGACUUGGAGUGCCCCCUGUGCAUCAGGUUGUUCUUUGAACCUGUCACGACCCCCUGUGGUCACACUUUCUGCAAGAACUGCAUUGAGAGGAGUCUGGACCACAACCUCCGCUGUCCCCUCUGCAAACAGCCACUACAAGAGUACUUAAAACACAGGAAGUACAACACCACAAUUCUGCUUCAGGACAUCUUGACCCAGCUUUUUCCCUCCCAGUUGGCUGAGAGGAAACAGGUCCACGAAGCAGAGAUAGCUGAACUGUCCAACCUCAGCAAGGACGUCCCGAUAUUCGUCUGCACGGUGGCCUACCCCGGGGUGCCCUGCCCCCUGCACAUCUUCGAGCCUCGAUACCGGCUGAUGAUGCGUCGCUGCAUGGAGACGGGCACCAAGAAGUUUGGCAUGUGCAGUUACGAGCACGGCAAAGGGUUUGCAGACUACGGCUGCAUGCUGGAGAUCCUGGGCCUGGAGGUGCUGAAUGAUGGCCGGUCCUAUGUGGACACGGUGGGCGGCAGCAGGUUCAGGGUCCUGAAGAGAGGACAGAGGGACGGCUACCACACCGCUGACGUGGAGUACCUGGAGGACAUCAAGGUGGACGGCAGCGAGCUGGAGCUCCUGCAGCAUCUGCACGACAGCGUGUUCCAGCAGGCUCAGGACUGGUACCAGCGGCUGGGCACCCGCAUCCGCGACCAGAUCGUCAGGCAGCACGGCAGCAUGCCGGACAAGGAGGAAAACAUUCAGGCCUCGUCCAACGGGCCGGCCUGGUGCUGGUGGCUGCUGUCUGUCCUGCAGCUGGACCCGGCCUAUCAGACCACGGUCCUGUCGCUGAGCUCCCUGAAGGACCGGCUGGGACACCUGCGUCUGGUCCUCGAGUACUUCUCCCAGAGCUAGACGCCCGAGCACAGGCCCGUCGGGCCGCCGGGCCGUCGGGCCGCCGGGCCGCACAGCUAGCCAGCAAGCAAUUAACGCACACAGAAAUAAAACACAAUGAAACCAGUGAAUCUACGCACAACACGGAGCUCGACAUCGGGAAUUUUCUGAGUCACGGAGGGACUUGAUUCUUAAGUCGCUCCUGAAUAAGAAAAAGACUAGUAAUUUUACUGCAUAACACGAUGCAGAGUUGUUAUUUUAUUUUUUUUUUGCCGUUAGAGUUUGCAUAUGCUACGUUCCUGACGUCGGAGUGCUUUUCCGACUACACAAUCUACCAGUUGCUGCAGUGAGAACCGCAGGGUUGACCAAAGAUGCUUUUUAUUUCAGGUCAACAAAAAUUGACUGGUUAUUUGUGGACAAACUAAAUCGCUCGCUUUGAAAUCACAUUGUUGGAAGUGGAUGCUGGAUGCCACGGUUUUUGUUGUUUUUUUUUUUUUUUCCUCUAGUCACUAUAAUAAGCAUGAAGAAUGUGAAAGGAGCUUGUACAGGGCGGUUUGCUGCGCUGCGUGUGUGUUGCCUGAUGAGUUAGACUUCACAUAGUUAUGUUUGGCGUGGGAACAGUUCUAAACACAGCACACGAUCUGUCAGGAUUUGUUUGUUUUUGUUUGUGUUUGUUUGUAGGACCUUAGGUGAUCAUGCUGGAUGUUCUUGAUAAGAGUUUACUACAGGUUCUCUUUGUUUUUGUUUUUCAUUUUGAUCGUUUGGCCUUGGUUGUGGCUCAAUUUGUGCGAUUGAAUAAUAUAAUAUAUAUCUAUAUAUAAAUAGAACCCUAUUUAGUUUUAAAGAUGGCAAUAAUAAUAACUGACCUGUCACCAGCAGCAGCUGGAGUGUUUCAUGAAUGAAAGCUGCUGUCAGUCCCGUGGCAGCAGCUGCUCUUACUGUGAGAAGGUGGGGUAGGUGAGUGGGGGGUGGGAGCGGUGCGGUUUUACUGGAAGAACCUGUGAUUCUGCAUCAUCAGAUGCCCCAACUGGGAAUAUAGCAAUGUGUGCAUGUGUCGGAUGUAAAUAAGUCAAUUUAGUCAGCUGCCAUUUUCACAUGCUGUGUGUUUUUGUUGUUUUUAGUCGGAUACAACAUUUUUUUCUCCAGCACUGAUAACAGCUACUGUAUUGUCGGCUCCCUCGAGGCACAAGAAAUGGUGUGAUCAUCUCUUACGCAGGGGCGGCUGUACGAUGAUUUGACUACGAUGCUUUAGUCGCGGUCUGACCUGGACGGAGCCCCGCGCCGCGGGGCGUCCUCGUAGGCCUCGACACCUACCUCUGCCCCGACACGCUCUGUCUCCGGGCCGGCCCGGCCCGCACCGCGCCCCUCCGGGGCUGCUGCACCGGGCCCGGCUCAGAAGGAGACCUGGAAGUCUUAUUGUUUCUAAACCACUUGGAUGACGUGUGUCUGUGUGUGUGUGUGUGUGUGUGUGUGUGUGCAGGCGUGUGUGUGUGUGUGUGUGUGCGUGUGGUUUGUUUUCUAUUAACAUAGUGCUACAUUCCAUGGAAUGUCGAAGCUGUUAAGUCAAUAACGGACAACUACGGGCUUAACUGGGUGAUUUUUAUGUUUAUUUUCUUCACUAUGACGAAUGUGCCAUAGAUAUUUGUAAGUUAAACGCUUUCUAAGAACGCUGGCAGAGGUGUCACUGUGUUUAUAUUUGUCUGCAUGGCGGACUCAUGGAAGACGGGCCUUGGUUCUCAAUGCCUUUAGUACGACGGGCAGUGAAAUAACCCUUUUAAUUCAUAUCACUUAAAAACAGUCUGACUUUCUAAUAUAUGUAGUUUGUUUGAUAUAGAAGAACAACCCUGCUUGUAUAGCUCUGUAGAUACAGCUCCGAAUAAAAAGGGGAUUCAUCAUGAUACUCAAAAUAUCCUUGUGAAUGAUGAACUAAUUAGCAGGCUGAUGGACGCUGGGGCAGCGGUGGUGACUUGAUUAACAGGCUCCUCUCUGAACUCUGUGCUGGGAAUACUUCACCUGAUUAAAGCUAACUCAAAUCAAAAAGGGACUUUAGAUUUCUCAGAGAAUUUCUGAAUGACCAUCAUAAGCAUCCGGGGGUAGAAACGUGACGACCAAAAGUCAGAUCUAACAUACAAGACAUUUUCUUUGAUCACUUAAACGUGCCAGCCUUUGGUGAUUGAUGUUGAUCGCAGCCAUCAGUCUCACUUUACGGUACUCUGGUUAAUAGAGAGUGUAAUUCCUGCACGGCAAAGUCAUUUGCUUCACAAUAAUUGUCCAUAUUUGAAAAAUCACUCCAUGUAUUUUUGAUUUUGCUAUUUCUCAUCUUUAUAAUUAAUUCGUCUGCAAUGAUUUAACAGCUUCUGCUGCUAAUGCAUCCAAGAGCAGUGGAGAUUUUCAGCUCGUUUCCAGCGCAGCUGUCGGCCCCCUUUCAGUCCGUGCCAGAUGUUUCGUAAACUUCAGCUUGUUUGAUUCUUAGAAAAUGUCCUGCGACAACAAUUUGCAGUUGAUCCACGUUGUGUCCCCCAACAGGAGAACAAAAGCAUAUUAAGUGACCCACGCCUGGCAGCGGGCCCCCUGCAGGAACAGCUCGCACAGAUAGGUGGUGGAAAGCACCGCGUGGUGUGUUCCUGCUGGGGAAUAUCUGUCCACGGUGGUAUGAUGGUCAGUGGGCUGUGUGGACUGAAGACACGCCAGUAAUUCUCCGCACAGUUUUCAAAUACCUCCUCUGUUAGUCACGAGUCCAACUGAACCCUCUGAAAGUGUAGCAGUGUCUGUCUGAUUAAUUUGCAUUCAUUCCUCCACCUCAAAGCCAAGAGCAGUAAAUUGUCAGAUUGUUGUUUACGUGCUUGAGCCCUGGAUGACUUUUUGAAGCGUUAUUAUAAAUAAAGAUUUUC